AAGGGCCGGGCGGAGUCUGGGAACCUCCGCGCUUUCGGUCUUAAGGGCUCAGCACGCGGCCGGCCGGUGGAAGGAGUUGCCGUGCGCGCCGCCGCGUUUGAAAGCCGCAGGCCCCCGCGGCCCCGGCUGGGGUGCGUCUGCGUCCCUCUCUCCCAGCUCGGCCCUGUCCCUCCGCUUCGGCUCUCACCUGCUCCCCCUGCACGCACCCCAGACCGCAGUGGCGGCGGCGUGGCCGGCGGGCGGUGACCACCCCCCGAUCCAGGGCCUCCGCCAGGUCGCGUCCAUUAACCUCGUGCCGAGCCCGGAAAGCAAAGGGAAGUUCACGGACUCUGGGACCCCAAGCUUUCAGAUUGAAAGGAGGAAUUUCCCAGAUUUUCUGGAGCGAGAAUACACCCUGAGCCUCGCAGCGGAAGUCCGCAGCCACGGAGAACCGGACUCUGCAAUGUUGGCUGGCUACCGGCCAGUCAGGCAGUGGGAGAAAGAAGAUAUCGUCUCUGGAAAAAACUGAGCUUUACUAAGGUUUUCCUCCUGUUGAUUUUGGUUUUCACGACUCCUUUAGCAAGACCUGUUGCUUAAGCGGGUCAGAUUCUGGUGUACAUCAUGUCCAAUUUCGAAGAUGCUGACACAGAAGAGACAGUAACUUGUCUCCAGAUGACUGUUUACCAUCCUGGCCACCAGCAAAAUGGAAUAUUCCAAUCAAUAAGGUUUUUUAACCGACAAAAACUCCCCUCCAGCGAAGUGGUGAAAUUUGGCCGAAAUUCCAACACCUGUCAUUAUACCUUUCAGGACAAACAGGCUUCCCGAGUUCAGUUUUCUUUGCAGCUAUUUAAAAAGUUUGAUAGCUCAGUUCUCUCUUUUGAAAUUAAAAAUAUGAGUAAGAAGACCAAUCUGAUUGUGGACAACAAGGAGCUGGGCUACCUAAAUAAAAUGGACCUGCCACACAAAUGCCUGGUUAGGUUUGGGGACUAUCAGUUCCUGAUGCAGAAGGAAGAUGGAGAGUCAUUAGAAGUUUUUGAGAUUCAAUUUUCUUUGUCUACAAGACCACUCUUGCAAGAAAACUGGCUACCACAGAAGCCCAUACCUGAGUGUGGCAGAUAUUCAUCCUGUUCCACCCAAAACAAUUCUCCUAUAGAAAUGGGUGAAAAUGAAUGGUAAACGCAGAGGGCUAAGAGAAUCAUGAAGGAUGAAGAACUCUGUAGACACUUUAUAGACAUUCCACUUAGUAAGAGUUUCUUAGUGUAGUAUAUUACUGUCAUCUAUUACUUUGUCAAAUUUGAGAUCUGGUGUUAUUUGAAGUCUGUAACUUGUGUUAGUCAUUGAUUUAGUCAUCUGUUGCAUUGCUGGAUGUGUGAAGAAUUACUGUAAGUGUGUAUCUGUGAGCAUUAAUGUACAAAUAGUAUCCUUUGUGAUGAAGGAAUAGUGUUCUCAAAAUAUGGUUAUGUUACUUUUUUUUUAAUGCCUGAUUUUGGUCCUAUGUUUUAUAUUGUUUCAUUUUGGUUUGUAAGUUUUGGUUUGAUCAUAUUAUUUCACAGUAGUCAUUUGUUUUCAAGGUCAGGGCUACAAACAAGUUAUUAUGGGUGUUGUAGCCUGUUGGUACUUGUAGUACCAGAGUAUUGGAACAGAGCAUAAUGUUUUUUAGUGUGUCAUUGUGCUUUUAAUAUGGGAAGACUUAUUUGAGCAAUAAUACCUUGAUUUUCUGUUUUUUUCUCUAUAGAUUUACUUAUACUGUUUAUUCCCAAGAAUACCGUUUUCCUUGUCUGUAUUCAGUAUCUAAAACCAAUGUUUUAAACAUUUUAACGAACCACUGUGUUUAGAAUUCUUUUUCUUUUCCCUUUUUUUUUGGCUGCACCACAUGGCUUGUGGGAUCUUAGUUCCCCGACCAGGGAUUGAACCCCGGCCCCUGGCAGUGGAAGCGCCGACUCCUAACCACUGGACUGCCAGGGAUUCCCAAUUUUUCAUUUGUCUUACCAAAUUUUAAAUAGUUUUUUAUGUGCUACAGAGUUUUAAAUUCCAUGAAUUCAAAAUUUUAACAGCAUUCGUGUACAUAAUAAAGUCAAGUUUAAUUCUCUAA